AUGGUCGACUACGAAGGUAUCACGGCCAAGACCCUCGACGACCACAUAUGUGAUGAUGACCUCGCACACACUCUUUCAUGGUUUGUCGUCGUGGGAACAGACGGCGUGCUUGCGGUCGUGGAUCAUGCAUUUAAGAUAGAACAGAUAGAACAAGGUGACAUCUACCAUUUUGUAGGGGUACUGGCAGAGCUAUUGAUGGGGAAGAUCUUAAUCUGGUCCAACGUUUUGUGGAGUCGGUUGGAGUGGACGGCUCGGUUAGGAACUUGGACAGUCGUUUGGAUGUGUGUGGCUGUUGAGGUACUUAUGUGGGUUGGAAAACUUUUCGAAAAGUGUUUCGCGUGCUCGUCAAUGGAUAGGCUGACUAUGAAGGAAAUCGUGUUCGAGGCGUGA